AUUGAGUUGUCCCAAGACGCGCCUGAACGGAAAAACAAACUAGAGUGAUCGAAUUCGUGCAUAAACCUUUUUUUGUUUGGAUUUGUAAUUGGAAAAGUAAAAACGGACUAUUUUUUCCAAUUGUUUUUCAACCAUCACUUGUGCCCGUGUGUGCGUGCGUGUGUGUGCGUGUGCGUGCGUGCGUGCGCGCCCGCGUGUGUGCCCGCGUGCAUGAACGUCAUUUACAUUGCAGUGCAAGGUGAUUUUGCAUUCAUUCUGCUCUUCCAAGUGAGCCACACAGGUGUCUUUUUCUUUUUUUCUUCUAAUUAGUAAGAUGGGCUGCUUUACAUUUGCCAAAGUGGUGAUGGUCCUCUUCAAUUUGCUUAUCUUGGUGAGUGGCCUAACCCUACUGGUGAUGGCAAUCUGGGCGAGUGUAGACGGGGCCUCCCAUCUGCAGAUCCUGGGACCUUUCUCCAGCCAAAGCAUGCGACAUGUCAACGUGGCCCAUUUCUACAUGGCCAUCGGGGCCUUACUGGUGCUGUUGGCUUUCUUGGGCUGCUGCGGAGCUCACAAGGGGAGCAAAUUUCUUCUCCUCACAUUCUUCUCCAUCAUUCUCAUUAUUGUCAUUGCUGAAGUGGCAGCUGCAGUUGUAGCCCUGGCUUAUUCUUCAUUCGCCAAGCGAAUCCUUCGCGCGUGGGCUAGCCCUGCUUUACACAAGCAGUACGCUAGCAACGCUGUGCUCACUAAGCCCUGCAAUGCAACCAUGACAGAGGGUUGUUUUGAACAAAUCCUGCAGUCCCUUACAGAGCAUGCAAACAUUGUGGGAGCAAUUGCAGCUGGAAUUGCUAUUUUAGAGAUUGCUGCCUUGAUGGUGUCAAUGUAUUUGUACUGUCACAUGGACAAAAGAGUAAGUUGAGAGUGGCAAACACAAAUGGAUCACCAAGUACGUAGCGUGAAUUCAUGCGGCCACCCGGCCGACGGUAGCAGCCCUGCCCUCCACUACACCCGGGAUGACUGCAACCUUCAAAAGUGAGCAAGGAGAGCCUGGAGCAAGACAUCUCUGCUAACUCAAUCAGAAGCAAAUUUGGCUUCCUCCAUAUGAAAAUGUCGAUGCAAAAGAAAACUCAGCCAUUGGCAAAUUCUGUGGUUUUCAACUCACCGAAACGGCUGGCUCAAUGUCAACUUUAGCGCUUGUUAACAUUAACUGUAGGUAACACCAACAAAUCUAAAAUACAAGGAUUUAUUUGUAUUAUCAGCACUCCACUGGUGCGAACGGUCGUCCAUCCAUCUGUGCGUGCCCCGUAAUCGGCUAGCAAAACUCGGCACGUCGGUCAUUGACUAGUGACUACGACCAGGCAGAGAAGAACAAACAAUUGUGGAGUGAAAAAGAGUUUUCCGCAACUUUAAUGUCACUUGGAGUUGUACAAAUCAGAAUAUUCUUGAUGUUCAUGCAUUUUCCAGGGCCUCAAUCGGAAUAUUUUCUCAGUUUGAUGUCCUACAAAGAAAAGAAAUCCAACCAGAGGCAACUGAGCCAUGCAGUCAAUAUUAAAAACCCACAGGGCUUUUUAAAGAACCAUCCUCAACCUCCACAGUUAAAAAUACAUAUGCAACAUUUUUCCUCAAAAUAUAUACAUAUAUAUACACAUACAUACAUGAUCAUCAUUUUGAAUCUUGAAAUAGAGACAAAAGAAAAGCAAACACUUUCAUUGAUAAGGGACAAAUAAAUACAGAUAACUUAAACAGUUUGUGGCCGAAGCUCUCAGUAGUUAAAAGAAAGAAAAUUUGACACCAUAACUAUGUAACACUGCUCUUUUCUUUAAUCAGUCAACUUUUCUGGAUGGGUUUUUUUUCCCCCCAAAUUUGCCUGUUUGUUUGUUUGUUUCUCUUCCACGUCAGGUUUUCAUGUACGUAUAUGAUUAAAGGAUGAGGUUCAUCAACAGGUGGAUUUGGUUUUCCUUGAAACAUCAUCGGCACUGUAUGAAUUACAAUGUAUGGUCAAAUCAAGAGUGCACAAGCUGACUGAUGAGA